AUGUAUCGAGUAGGCGGCUUUGGUGUUAUUGAGGCCAUACAAAUAGAUCGGAGCCAAAUCGAGCGCAUGGUCGGCGAUUUAGAGAAGGCACCGCCGCCUCCGAUCGACGCACCACCAGCUCCACAAUUGCCAUACUGGUUCACUACCGAGUGUCGUAACAAUUUGGUGAACUGCGACGUGCCAGCGAUGUCGGUGCCGAGCGCGCCGUCGCCAAUUCCACCGCCUCUUCCGAUGCCAGAUCUUAAGCAGCAGCUGAAGGCACAACUUGAAUAUUACUUCUCAAGGUGGGUUCUGUCCGGCUUUAUCAUUAUUAUUUCUUUCCGUUUUCUUGCCCUGAUGUUUUUUUUUCUCAUAAAAGAUGCUCAUUUCUUGCGGCUUCUUCCCUAUUGAAG